AUGUCGGCCAAAGCCAGCGGCGCGGACGCCGGUUCCGGCGGCGAGGCGCGGCACCGGCAGCACCACGAUGGGUCGGAGGGGCGCGCGUACACGGUGGAGCAGAAGGCGGCGGUGCUGCGCAUCCGCAAGUGCUCGCCGACGGCGUACUACGAGAUCCUGGGCCUGGAGGAGAAGCGCGCAGUGUGCUCGGACGCGGAGAUCAAGAAGGCGUACCGCAAGCUCAGCUUGCUGACGCAUCCGGAUAAGAACGGGUACGACGGUGCGGACGAGGCGUUCAAGUUGGUGUCGAGGGCUUUCCAAGUCCUGUCGGAUCCCGACAAGAAGGCCAAAUUCGACAAAUUUGGCGGCGACCCGGAUAACAGGUUCGGCGGUGGCUCAUCUGCGGCCGGUGCGUCGCCGUUCAGCGGCUUUGCGAGAUCACCAGGCGGAGCGCCCGGUGGAGGGUUCUAUCAAGAGGAAAUGUCGCCAGAGGAGUUGUUCAGACAGUUCUUUGGCGGCGGAGGAUUUGGAGGACCUUUUGGCGGUAUGGGCGGUUUUGACACUGGUCCCGGCUUUGUAUUCAACCUCGGUGGAGGUCCAGGAAUCCGCGUGCACCAAUUCGGCGGUGCGAGACCACGCAGAAGGCCAACGGCAGCGGAACAAGCGGCCCAGCAACCCAGCAUUGGCAGCACGCUGUCGUCGCUGCUGCCACUGCUUUUCCUCUUCAUCCUGCCGCUCCUCUCAUCGCUCUUCUCCGGCUCGGGCUCGACCCCGGCGGGGCCAUCUGUACGCUUCGACGGGGCAGUGCCGCCGCACACGCAGCAACGCACGUCGGCCCGCCUGAACAUCCCUUACUGGGUCAACCCGGCCGAUGUGGAUGACUUGAGUACGCGUAAACUGAAGGAGCUGGACCGCACGGCCGAAGUGCGGUACAUGAGCCACCUGAACGUCGAAUGCGACAUCGAGCAGCAGCGCCAAGCGCGGAUGAUGCAAGACGCACAGGGCUGGUUCUUCGUCGACGAGCAGAAGAUGAAGGAGGCAAGGAAGAUGCCGAAGCCUAGCUGUACCAGGCUCAGGGAGUUGGGUUAUGGACGGUGA